CGAUCAGGGCCUGAUCCUGAAUCUUUCCGGAUAUUUUAUACUUCCGGUGAAGACCUUCAAAAUAAAAUAUUCCAGCGGUCAUCUCCCCACAGCACUUUACUUUGAAAGGUCGGUGCCUGGCAGUGAACCGGAUGUGUAUUUCGGCGCCAUAUUGGAGAGAAAGACAGAAGACAACCAUCCGAACUUUGUCCCACAGUUAGAGACACUCAGCUGAAGCGGGACCGUGCAACGACCCGGUGUCUCGGUAACCCUUUGAGUUUACCGUCAUGGAGCGGACACAGACCUUCCUGUGUCAGGCCGAGCUGAUCAUGGAGGCGGCGGUGGAGUCAGCCGUGUCCGUGCUACACCAGGAGGGAGAGGACGGCGACCAGAGGAGGGCUCAGCUGAGGGCCGUCCUGACGGUGAUGACCAGAGAGGCGGUCCGUCAGAUCUGCAGAGUCUUCAGAGAGCUCUGUGUCAGCUUAGUGAAGGAGAACCAGAGUCUGAAGGACACCGUAAGACACCUGGAGACGGAGCUGAGGUCAAAGGUCGACACGAAUGCCGCAGCUGACAGGACACAGACCCUCUAUAAGAUCAAACCGUCAGAUGGCCCUGCCCUCUCACUGGACAUCAGUCAACCAGCUGCCAACCCAGCUGCCCUCGCCAUGGCCAUCCUCAGCUCCGCCAAAUCCAGACGCAGAGCCAGCAGCAACCCUCAGGUGCCACUGGUCAUCAUUAGCCAGCCGCUGCGAGAACCAAUCACAGGCCAGAGUGUCAUCAACCAGCCGCUGCCUGGGCCAGUCGCAGGCGAGAGCAGCCCAGCCCCCCAGGUACCGCCAAAGAAACUGGAUCAAAGUGGUGCAGAGCUUCAGACUGAGGUGGUGUUGGAAAUUAACCAGAUGUCUUCAGAUCCUGAAGAGUCACCUGGAGACGUGACAUCACUUCCUGUGGCUCAUGAGCUGCCCACAGAUGAAGACCCGCCCUCAGCAGAGGCGGAGCCAGCUGUUGUUGUUCUUGAAACUGAAAUAAAGAUGGAGGCUGUCCAACAGAUGCUCACCGACAGCAGACACGCUGAGACACCAAGGGAGACACCGGCAGUGACACCAACAGGUGAGACAGCAGCGUGGAGCGAGGAGGAGCAGAAGGAGCAGGAGCGGAGGAGGAGGAGGGAGCUUUACAAAGACAAGCGUUUCUUCUGUGAGCUGUGUAACAAAGGUUUCCAUCAGAAACACCAGCUGAGGAAACACGUGUCAUGUCACCUGAAGCCGUUUCCCUGCAGCUCCUGCGACAAAGGUUUCUACAAGGCCAAGAGUCUGCAGAGACACCAGCAGAGUCACCAACUGAGGGAGGCUCAGGAGAACGACCCCGACAAACUGCUGCACUGCGACCAGUGUGAUAGGAAGUUCAGGCUGCUGCGCCAGCUCAGAGUCCACCAGGCGUCACACCGGCUGGAGAAAAUGCCGCUCAAGUGCCACGUGUGCGAGCGCACCUUCACCUCGGCCGGCGCACUCAGAUACCAUGAGGUGUCGCAUGCCCAGGUCAAGCCCUUCAUGUGCGACGUCUGCGGGAAGGGCUUCACCAGGAAGAAGAGCCUCCGUGAGCACCAGACCGUCCACACCGGUGCCCGACCAUACCCCUGCCCCACCUGCGGGAAGAGCUUCUCCACCGCCAGCAACCUGCGCGUCCACAAGAGGUCGCACUCGGAGGAACGGCCGUACAAGUGCUGCGAAUGUGACAAGGCCUUCAAGUGUAAGAUGGGUCUGCUGCAGCACCGAGUGGUUCACUCCGGAGAGAAACCCUUCAUGUGUCAGACCUGCGGACUGAGCUUCGGCCUCAAGUACAACUUCCAGAGACACCUGCGCCUCCACAAUGGCGAGAAACCCUUCAGGUGUGAUAAAUGUGGCGAGGGUUUCACGGGAACGUGGGCUCUGAAGACCCACAUGCUGGUUCACGGCAUGGAGAAGCCGUUCAUGUGCGACCUGUGUGGGAAGACCUUCUUCUACAACUGUCAGCUGCAGAAGCACCAGCAGCUGGUCCACAACAGCAACAAGGAUGGACAGGCGGCCGGAGGUGUGGCGGGUAGAAGGCGACAGGGCGCGGUUAAGCCCUACAGCUGUAAGAUCUGCCUGAAGAGCUUCAGCAGCAACACCACGCUGAGGACGCAUGAGAAGAGCCACGCCGAGAACAAAGAGUUUACCUGCGACACCUGCGGAAAGUCUUUCCAUCUGCGCCACCUGUACCUGUACCACAUGAGGCAGCACAGCGGCGCCCGGCCAUACGUCUGCAACGUCUGCGACAAAGGUUUCCUGCUGACAUGGCAGCUGAAGCAGCACGAGCUCCUGCACACUGGCAUCAAACCUCACAAGUGUCAGCAAUGUGGCAAAGAGUUCAGGACUCCGCAGAACUACCACCGCCACCUGCUUGUCCACACCGGAGAGAAGCCCUACGAGUGUGUCGUGUGCGGCAGGAAGUUCAGGCAGUCCAACCAGCUCAAGUCUCACAUGCAGAUCCACACCGGCGUCAAGCUAUAUGCCUGCGAGCGCUGCGGCCAUGGCUUCUCCGACUCACGGCAGCUGAAGAAACACCGCUGUGGAGAGGACUUCCAGAGCAGCGAGCCUGGCGGCAGGCGCAAGAAGCAGAAGAACGCCUUCCCCUGGACCGAGGGCUUCACGCACGAGUGACAUCAUCAGUCGUUAAGUUACAUGGGUCUGUGUGUUAGCUUAGCAUAAAGACUGGAGGCAGGGGGAAACUGUAGGCUUAGCUUAGCAGAAAGACUGGAGGCAGGGGGAAACUGUUAGCUUAGCUUAGCAGAAAGACUGGAGGCAGGGGGGAACUGUUAGCUUAGCUUAGCAGAAAGACUGGAGGCAGGGGGGAACUGUUAGCUUAGCAUGAAGACUGGAGGCAGGGGGGAACUGUUAGCCUAGCUUAGCAGAAGGACUGGAGGCAGGGGGAAACUGUUAGCUUAGCUUAGCAGAAAGACUGGAGGCAGAGGGGAACCGUUAGCUUAGCUUAGCAGAAAGACUGGAGGCAGGGGGGAACUGUUAGCUUAGCAUGAAGACUGGAGGCAGGGGGGAACUGUUAGCCUAGCUUAGCAGAAGGACUGGAGGCAGGGGGAAACUGUUAGUUUAGCUUAGCAUGAAGACUGGAGGCAGGGGGAAACUGUUGGCUUAGCUUAGCAGAAAGACUGGAGGCAGGGGGGAACUGUUAGCUUAGCUUAGCAUGAAGACUGGAGGCAGGGGGAAACUGUUAGCUUAGCUUAGCAUGAAGACGGGAGGCAGGGAGAAACUGUUACCCUAGCUUAGCAGAAAGACUGGAGGCAGGGGGGAACUGUUAGCUUAGCUUAGCAGAAAGACUGGAAGCAGGGGGGAGACUGUUAGCUUAGCAUGAAGACUGGAGGUGGGGGGAAACUGUUAACCUAGUUUAGCAUGAAGAUGACUAGCAGGGGGAAACUGUUAGCCUACCUUAGCAUGAAGAUGACUAGCAGGGGGAAACUUAGCCUAGCUUAGCAUGAAGAUGACUAGCAGUGGGUAACUUAGCCUAGCUUAGCAUGAAGAUGACUAGCAGUGGGAAACUGUUAGCGGGGCUCAGUCCAGAGUUCUGACUGACAAAACCAGAGACAUGUUUCUUGUAUCAAUCCAGAGACAUGAGAUAAAUAUGUUUAACUAUUCCUUUAAAUGAAUCUUCUUUACUUUUAAUAUUUGAAAACAAAAAACAGACUUUAAUGAAACAGAAGUUAACAUUGUUUAUAGUUUGACUGAAGAAGAAAAAACUUUGACUUCUGUUUGUUUAAGUGUUUCAGCUUCACUGUUUUACUGUCGGAUUAAAGGGCUGUUACUCAAA